CAGGGGCGGACUGACCAUUUGGAAACUCGGGCACUGCCCGAGGGCCUGGGAUCAGUAGGGGGCCCCAUGAGAUGCCCCUGGUACUUUUUUCAUAGGCUUUUUUGAGUUUGGGCAAGGCCACAGGGGCCCCAUGAUCCGCUAUUGCCCGGGGGCCCCAUGAGUUGUCAGUUCGCCCCUGGUUCCGCCCCUGCUCCCAGCACAAAAUAUUAGAGACCCUGUGAUGUCAUUAGGGGGUCUCUGUGCUUCUC